GGAAAACUUAAAGCAACGUAAAGCGGCUAAUAAAGCUAGCUAAGAUAGUUUGCGAAGUAAAAAAAAAAAGAAAGAAAAAAAAAAGCGUGCUGGGCCUCGCUGAAUGACUCGUUUAAGAGAGUGCACCAGACUUUGGCUAUAACUCCCUGUCUCUGUUAGUUGACUAUUUAUGGCGAUGGUCAAUCGUAUGUGACAGCACCCUUGCUGUUUGCACUGUAUGCUGUGAAAGAAGAUAAUGAAAGCGCCAAAGGCAACAGAUGUUAAACGGGGCAUCUCCGUAAUUCGGGAGAACCUGCAGUGUCCAAUAUGUUUGGAUUUGUUGAGCAUGCCCAUCUCCACCAAGUGUGACCACCAGUUCUGCAGAUUCUGUAUGAUGAAGCUUCUGGACAGGAAGAAGGAGGCCAACUGUCCGGUCUGCAAAUCCAAGGUCACAAAAAGAAGCCUGCAAGAGAGCCCUGGGUUCCAGAGGCUUGUGGAGGGAUUGCAGCACAUGGUCCAGGCUUACGAGGAGGACACAAGCACAGACUAUUUCACUGGAGCGUCCCAAGGGCUGGAACACCUGCGGUGUCAGGAGGGGGGCCCCAGGGAAAUGCAGUACGAUGGGGGUAAAACCUUGUCUUGUGACAGUCAAGGUGUUGACUCGGCUGACAGCAGCCGAUCCCCAGGCCCUGAGGAAGCAAGAAUUUCCUUCUCAUCCGCGGAAGCCCAGCAAGGCUAUGCAAAACUGAUGGAUCUUGAAGAUUCUUGCGCGAUCACUUUGGAUAAGGAAGGAUUUGAUAGUGGUCUUUCUGAUAUGCCCCAGGCCUCAGAAAUGCUGACGGAUGAUAAAUGCACGGCCAGCACCACCAACUUAGAGCUUCCAGGUUCCAGUGUGGAAGUAACUAUUCCCUUAGGAGCUGAAAUGAUUAAGCUGAGAACAAAGAAAGAUAAAUCUCAUAAUGUUUCACAUGAACAAAGAGAGAGUCCUGAAGAGGUUCCUAAGAAAACCGGUAGACGACCUCAUAGGGCAACAACAAAAAUGGUAGAUGCAGACCCUGAAAAAAUAGUUGAUAGAAGGUGCAGAAGAAGUCUUCAGAAGGUUUCAGAGUGGCUAUUAAAGAUCUCGCCAACGGAUGUGGAGGAAGACGGUGAUAGCUGUUUGUCGGAUGGUGGAAGUUCAUCCUCCACUAUCAAAGAAGAGAAAGACAAGGAGCCACCCUUGACCAUCAGAAAAGAUGACCAUAAUAAGAGCUUAGAGGAGCAAGUGUUUGGAGUCGUCUACAGGCGUGACCGGAAAUCCAUGGGAAACCGGCUCAACAGAACCUUGCUGUCAGAAAGCAGAGGAGUCACUGCUCUGUCAGCUUGUCAUCCUUCAGAUGGAAUCCAGAUCCAGAAAAUAGCUUCUAACAGGGGGACAUCGAGUGGAUUGGCACCUGCAGACAAAAUGCCCCAUACUGAGGAGGAAGAGGGGGAAGUGCAUGUUGUGAGCCAGUCAGUGUGCAAUGAAUCAAAUGUAGAGCCCAUCAAGGGCCAGACAUCUGAGGACAGACCAAACGAGGAAGUUGACCUGCUUGAACUCUGUUCUGACUCAUACAAAAAGAAUAUUGAGCAAGUGCAAUUGCCAGAGGGGGAAGAUGUAGCGGAGGACAGUCCUGUUUUUGAGGUGUCUCUCCGAAGAACCUCAAAGAGAGCGAGAUCUAAUGUGGGGAGUACGUGGAAAGAAGUGGACAACUUGCGUCAGGAUGGGAACGGAGAAACGGGGAAUGUCAAGCAAGGUAAACGGAAGAGUGAAUGUAGGAAGAAGGAAAACUGGUUGACCCAGAUGCGGUCAGCUAAAGUCGCAAAGCCCUUGGAUCUCGUCAGCAAUGGUGUGGACACAUAUGACCCUACGGUUAGGCUUCAAAAUGGGCAGUUGAUUGUGAAGACGGAGGUUCAGAUUGAGAGUUAUCCAAGUAGUGAAGGCCUAGGGAGCCCGGCUGCCAGGAUAACUAGACAGAGCAAGAGGCUGCAGGUGUUCACCAAGGAGGUUCAGGGGACCAAGAGGAAUACCAGAUCUGUGGGAUCCACAAAGAGUGCUGUCCCUCACUUCGACAAAGCAUAUGCCGGGGAAAAAGCAGCCUUUGAGGAGAUUGUUGUAAGAGUUCAAAGCCCCAAAACAAAGAUGAUGGAAAACAGCAUGAUGAGAAUUGGUUGCAUUGUCGACGGGGAUUUGGCAAACAUUGAAAAAAUUGAGUCAAGCAUCAGCAAAGCUGUAGAUGUUCAGAAUGAAUGGAAAGAAAGCCCUACUAAAAAAAGUGGUUCACUGUCUGCAAUUACAAAUGCAGAAAGUUCUUCUGAUGUUAACAUUCAGUACUCUGCUCUCAAAGGUGUCCAGCCUGCCUCCCAAGCUUCUCAGGACCACUCGCAAGAGGACGUGCUGGAAAUUCAUAGUUCUGUGGAGAACUCUGUGUGCAAGGUCAUUCAAGUUCACGGGGAAGAAGAUGAGAAGAAUGACAGUGAGCAGGACACAGAACAACUGCUAAAAACCUUCAAGGCCACUAAGAGAAGAUCAUUUCAGCUGGGUGUUCCUAAACCUAUUUCAUCAGACAGGGCUUCAACAUUCUGUGACAAGGAAAAUGAAGAAGCAGCACCAGAGGUUGUCUUCAUAAACGAGGAACUUAAUCCCAACAGGGAUCUGGAGCCAUGUUGCCUGAUGGAGACUGUGAAAGAAGCGGAGGUGCAGCAGAACCAGGAGUCUGUUGGAAUGCCCAGUCCAUCCAUUUCCAAAAAAAAUGAAGUUGAGAACUCAUUGUGCAGUGACCUCGUACCACCCACAAAUGGAUCAAACCAUAGCUUGCAUAAUUCUCUACUUCUGAAGAAAAGCUAUAUUCUGACAGGAGAGAAUUCCAAUGAGUUAUUUGAGGAGAGCUCAAACACUGGGAAGGGUCCUGAGGCCAGACCCACAGGGAACUCUGGUAAUGGAGCCCCACCUACAGGUAGGAAAAGAAAAAACUCUGAGACAAGCUCCAGACUUUCUGUCAGUUCUCAAAUCAUGGACUCUGAGCUACUUUUCCCAGCCCUCGUUGCCUCUGAGGAGGUGCCUAAAGAAUCUGCCAGUGCCAUCGAUAAUAUGCCUUUGGGGGAAGUGGAAAGUCAGAAACCUUUGAAUAGCACCUCUGAGGACUCUGAGAACAGUGGAGUCUUCAAAAAAAGGAUGAUAGGGUCUGCGUGCCAUGAAGGAGUUGUCUUCAUAGACUCCACAGCCGACCCGCAUGGAUUCCAUGACAGGCAUCAGGCAAUAAUGCUGCAAAACUCGGAGACUGACAAAGUUCUGCAGUCAUCAAUGACCCCAGAUGACCUCUUACCCCCGAUUGUUGUGCUCAGCACCACAACUGAAUGCACGGUCAGUGCAGGCCCAAGUCAGAGGGCUGGGAAUGUGGAAGACACCGCCCAGUGGAGCAGUGAAGGUGACCCCAGACUGAGGAAGAGGAAGAGACCCCAGAGGCUGGAGUCCUCUGGGUCUGAGGGCAGUGAUGAGGAAGUUCAGCUUCCCUCCUUGGCUCAGCUGUUCGGACAAGACAAGUCCAAACAACCAGUUGAAGAAAAAACAAUCCCAGUGAUUGGAGACCUCCCUCCUUGUAAUGGUCAGACCAGUACAGAACACUCUCUCAAACGUGCCCCGAGUCCAGAGUGGGUCCAAGCCAGUCAAGGAUCUGUGGACCUUUUUGACACACCAGAGCAAUGUGAGGGAUUGCCAGAUGAUAGAGGUCACUCCGUUGAAUCCACACAGUUUUCGAAUGAAAUCAUUGGCACUCAGCAGAAGGUGGCCAUGCAGGCAGAGCUGCGCCGGCUGGAGGAGAUGAUGGCGCUCGUGUCCGAGGCCCUGCACAAGAAGGCGGACGGCUCCCAGCUCCAAGUCAAGACGUCCCAGGGGUCCCUGCAGAACCCCGGCUCAGCGGCGCAGAGAGCUCAAGACCACCCCCAGAGCCCCCCGUGGUGUGACCGAACUGGAGAGGCACCCACAAGGCGGGAGUCCUUGCCCCCGUCCACGCUGUCUCAGGUCUCCUGUCCCGGGGGAAGGACCCUCCGGAGCGGGAGGGGCUUCAUCUCACCGCUGCCUGCCCCCAGAGCGACACCCGCCCCCGCAACCCCCAACCAGGAAGAAGGGAGCAUCGAGACAGAGCUGCGUAGCAGGAGGAGCAGGAGUCUGAGGAGCAGUGGAGUGACUGGAGGAAACGCGGCCAUGCAGCGUGACGCGGUUCAAACGUGCGAGGACAGGGGACUCCCUCCACCAGGUCCUGUCCAGUCUUCCGUCAUGGCCGCCAGACAAUCUCCCAGGACAACCACCCGGGGCAAAACGGUGCUGGUGGCGUCAGGACUGAGUGGGCCUGAGCUGUCUGUGGUGAAGAAGUUUUCAAAGCAGACGGGCUGCAGCCUGUCUGCCCAGGUGACCCUGGAGACCACCCACGUGGUCAUCAGGACGGAUGAGAACCUGGUGUGUGAGCGGACUCUGAAGUACUUCAUGGGAAUUGCAGCGCGGAAGUGGGUGGUGAGUUUCCAGUGGAUUGUGGAGUGCUUCAAUCACGGCAAGGUCCUGAAUGAAGCUGCGUUUGAGGUGCGUGGAGACGUGGUGAACGGGCAGCGUCACCAGGGACCCAUGAAGGCCCGCACCACUGGGGAUCAGGAGCUGCUGAUGAGUGGCUAUGAGGUCUGCCUGCAGGGCUCCUUCACAGAUAUGACCACAGGUCAGAUGGAGUGGAUGGUGGAGCUGUGCGGGGGGAGGGUGGUGAAGGACCCGCUCCUGUUCAGCGGCAAGCAGAAAUCGACUCAGCUGGUAGUGGUGCAGCCUGAUUCUGAAGAGUCCCAGGCCGGUUACAGAGCUCUCCAGAAGAGGGCAGCGGUGGUUUCGCGGGGCUGGCUGCUGGAUUCGGUCGCGACCUACACCCUCCAGAACGCCAACGAGUACAGGCUGGGCUGCGCCCCCGUCCCCACCUUUCCUCACUCCUGAAAGUUUGGAAACAUUCUGUGAUCAUUUCAUUCCUAAAACCGGAUCCUCUACACUUUACUCCUACCCUUCUUCUCCGUCCCCAGUUUUGUGUUGUUGUGUGAGCCCUUUUAUAUGUCAAAUGGCUUGUAUUUUAUCUCUGUAAAGAAAUUUUAUCUUCUUUCUUUAUAGUCAUGUAAGCUUUGGCCAAGUGUACAUACUCCCUUCCUUCUCUUUCUCAAACAGCACAUUAAA